UGGCUGUAAUCUCAUAAGUCACAUCCAUGCAGAUAAGAAUGCCUUCAAUUUUGCUAAUUUCACUCCGCUAGAUGUGGUCGUACAAACUCCUGAUCAGACUGAAAGACUGAAUGUAAUCAAGGGUGAGCUGGAGAGAAAUGGUGCUACUCGAGGAUUUCGCCGUAGUGGAACUAGAUUGAAAGGAAAGCGUGAAGAAGCACUUUACAAAAGCAACCAAUGUAAUCAACUAGCAAAAGAUUCGAAAAGAAAAGAUGACACUUAUUUGAUAGUUGCUGCACUGAUAGUAACAGUCACUUUUGCUGCUGGUUUUACUGUUCCAGGAGGGUAUGAAAGUAGUGAUGGUCCAAAUAAAGGCAUGGCAGUUCUAAGACACAAACCAUCUUUUAUUGUCUUUGUAAUUGCGGAUAUGAUUGCCUUGGCAUACGCCUCAGCAGCAGUUUUUCUACAAUUUAAGUUUUCACCCUCAGAAGUUGACUGUGAACGCUGGUUAUGGUACAGUAAGAGUAAUACUCAUUGGAACAUUAGAGUCGCCCUGAUGGCAAUGGUGACAGCAUUUGUUUCUGGCCUGUUUGCUGUGCUAUCAUCACCGUUAAUCAAAGCCUUAGUAUGUUAUUCAGGAAUCACUUCAUUUCUUGUGUUUAUGGGAUUUUUUGUGAUUUUUACAACGGAAGAUUGCUACUUUUGGCUCCGAAAUGCUGGAAAUCGGUGUAAGAUCAUUUUGUCAUUGUGGUGUGGAAGACUUCGGAUUGCAAUUGUUAGGUUCCGGAGUUGGUGAUUUAUACUGGUCUUUCAUGUAGUAAAAUGAAGUGA